AGCACAUCCGCAUUUUCGGAGUUGCUCUCUCCUCUCCUAGGGUUUUCUCUACGAGCGCUAUAAAGCUUCUCCCCCCUCCCGCCGCAGUUUCUUCCUCCCGUUGGAUUUUCGGAAGCCGCCGCCGCGAGAAGACACCGGCGAAUCCCAACGCCAGGAGGAAGAUGCCGAAGCAGAUCCAUGAGAUCAAGGACUUCCUUCUCACCGCGAGGAGGAAGGACGCCCGGUCCGUGAGGAUCAAGAGGAGCAAAGACGCUGUCAAGUUCAAGGUCCGCUGCUCGAGGUACCUGUACACCCUCUGCGUCUUCGACACCGAGAAGGCGAACAAGCUGAAGCAGUCUCUGCCACCAGGUUUGUCAGUCCAGGAGAUCUGAAGAUACAAGCCGGUGUCUUGAUGAAAUAGCAAGGCUUCUCUUGUUCACUCUUGAAACUUUUGGACACUAAGCAAUUAGACAUGUCAGCGGUGGAUAAUUAAAUCACAACACUGAGGAAUAUACUUUUUGCCACAUUACAAAAGGCUCAUUUUCAGCUUAUUUCUUGUAUGCACUGUCUGUUGAGUUUAUGAUUGGUCUGCCUGUUGCCA